UUACUCGUAUUGCAUUCAUUGACUCCAGCAGCACAAGACUGAAAGCUUUAGUAUUCAGAGAUUUAAGUUCGAUUAGAAAAGUAGUGUCGUCAGUUUAUGUACGUUCUCACGAAGAAUUAUAUAUAAAUUUGUAGCUGUAUCAAGCGUGAUUCUUGUUAGUACACGAAGGAUGUAAUGGUCAGACGAUACUCACGUUCAAUAGAAAUAAUUAUAACUGAUUACAACAUUGAUGCUAUCGUACACAAUAGAGGGGACGCUCCACUCGCGCUCUUUGCGUUGUAAAUUUUGACGCGAGCGUCCCUCGAGCACUAGUGGAAAUCACGUUUUAUGUUGAAAAAAUUAAAUUUUAAGAGAAUAGUUCAUCGAAUAUAACAAUACAUGGUUGUGAUAUUAAAAAAUUAGCCAGGUAUAAAAGACAAAAAUGAAAAUGAAACGCAGCAGAUCAUUGUCCCCGAAGCCUUCGAGCAGUGAGGAUGAUAUGAAACGCAUAAAACUUGGAGAAAAUGCGGAAAUAAAUGAUAUAAUAUUGCAUCCGCAUCUAUUAGAUUUUUCGGACGAUGUUUUGCUAAAUAUAUUCAAAUAUUUGAGUCCUCAAGAUCUUAUGGUAGUAAGCUUGUGUUGCCAACGAUUAGGUCAAGUAGCACAGGAUAAAACUGUAUGGAGAAAAGUAGAUUUCCGUGGGUCGCCUAUAUCAUCGAACGACUUAAAGAAGUAUAUAAAAUUCCUUCAACCAAUGACAACAAGUCUUGCUAUUCGUGGCUGUUUGCAUUCUGAAGUAGAACCAGGACUUAGUCCUUACUUGUUCAAUUCAAUUAAAAAUGUAUGUACUCAGCUUAAAGAGUUAAUUAUCGAAAAAUAUUAUAUCGACGGAGAUAAGAUUCAAAUAUCAGAUUUUCCUUGUACUACCGAAAAACUAUCGUUGGAGGGCUGUAAAAUGGGUUAUUUGCGUAGCGACAAGUCAUAUUUUUUCAAAAUGAAUUUCCACAUGCCUAAUCUAACAUGCUUGAUUUUAAGCGAUUGUUCGUGGUUUAGUCCACAUUCGCUGCUGGUUAUCAGUAAAAUGCCAAAAUUAAAAGAGUUGAGAUUAAAUUCGUGUCGUCGUUUGGGUGAAUGCGUCGCUUACACGAGUUUAGCGACAAGAUUUGGAUUCAAAACAUUGGAGAUUCUCGAUUUGCGAGAUACGGCGCUCGGUGACAGUGAAGUUGGAUGUUUUAUUUGUAUCAAAACAUUGACACACCUCUAUCUAGAAUGUCCUUCGCACUGGCAAAAUGGGGAAUCAGCAAAUCAGGAGCCGCAAUCUCUGACCAGAGAAUCGUUGAUAAAUCCACCCGUGCACGAAGAUGGUCAGCUUUCAGUGUUCUGGCUAGAGAUUGGACUUCGUUGGGAAACUUCUUCGUUCGAACGUCACAAAAUAACAGACAGAACAAUUUGCGCCCUUGGAAGCGAAACAUGCGACCGCAGAAUAAUCAAUACUUCGUUAGAAGGAUCUCUGUUCCUUGAAGUAGACAGACGAGUAUUUAACACACCGCGUUUGAAAACAUUGGUUGUCAGAAAUUAUCCAUAUGUUACGAAUUCGAGCCUCGAACAUUUAGCUUUAAAUGCUCCCAGUCUCGAAUAUCUCGACGUGACCGGUACUUCCGUGACAAGGCAAGGCGUUGAAAUUUUCAAGGGUCAGAAAGCAAAUGUCAAGAUAGUCUCAUCGUUUGACGAGACAUAGUUAUAAAGGACUAUAAUAAAUCGUGAAUUUAGCAUGGUUUGAAUAUACAUUUAACGCAUAUUUGAACAUUAAGAAGCCAUCGUUUGAAAGGUACGAGGUCGUUACGAAAGGCUUCGAUAACAUGAUACUUCUACAGUUAAACGUAUGUUCCCCGCCGAUGGCGGACGAACUAAAGAAUUAGAGGUAAACCAUUUUUUACUUUCACUAAGUAAUUAAUACGAAAGGAAACUGCGAUUUAUAAAGUAAUAUUUGCAAUGUAUAUCCUAACUUUACUACCCUUUCGUGAACUGUGUUCAAUGUAUUUAUUCGCAAGCGUUUAUGGUUCAAUUUUAUUGUAAAUACGUAUUUGUGUGCAAUUUAGUAACGUAUUAAAUUUUACGUCAAUACCCAGUAGUAUAAAAGAAAAAUAAGUAUACUAGAUAUACUAGUAGCACUGAUUCAGUACUUCUGAAUCCUUCGGUAACAAAGUGAAGUUAUAGAGAUGCAUGCAAUGCUUCAAAUAAAUUAUUGGAGGACAGACAUUAAUAUGAUAAAUAAUAUUAAUAAUAACCGGAAAGAGAUUAAUUGUAGAUACAACAAAAGAUGUUUCUUUCAUUUGCUAUUUCACAUUUUAUUUCCCGUGUACACGAGAUUCGUUUUAACUUAAAAAAUCUCACCUUUUUUUUUUUUGUUUUUUAAAGCUAUCGUUAAACUAAGGUUACUUAAAUGUUGAAAAUAUCUAUAGACAAGUAUAUCUGGAAAAACGAUUAGUUAAGCAGUUUCGAUAUUAAUGUGUGUUCAGAUUAACACUAGAAAGUCUAUUCUUAGUUACUUUU